AUGUUAGAAAAUUUCGUACGAGAGGGUUGUAAUGAUGAUACCUUUCCACACUUUGUUUCACAUCGUUCCAUUAAAGCUGCAUUGAGAUCAAGUGGUCAUACCGCCAUUGGUUCUGUUGGUAGUUCUGGGUAUACUCGUUCUUUUUGUGCCCUUCUACCACCUGGCCAUUGA